AUGGAAGAGGUUCGAGCUGAUUUUAUAGUUAUCGGAGGUGGGUCGGCCGGAUGUGUUGUAGCUGCAAGGUUAGCCGAAUAUGGUUUUGAAGUUCUACUAUUAUCGAGUGGGUCAAAUGAUACAGGAAACUCAUUGAUGAAACAGAGUUCUUCAUUUAUACAACUCUUGCAGAGUCCUCAGUUUAAACAUCAUCUAUUUCACACACCAUUACCAAAUUUAAAUAACCGAACAUUGGAGCUUAUUGUUUGGAAUAGUCUUGGAGGCAAUAGCAUUAACUGGGGUGGAAUGGAACGUAUGACGAAAAGCGAAUAUGAUUUAUUUGUUAAUGCCAGCGGUGAUGAAUCAUUUUGUUUAGAACGUAUGUCGAUGUAUUAUAAAAUGGUUGAAAACUUUGAGACAACGGCACCGUUUCCAGUCGACGGAAUUCACGGAAACAAUGGUCCCAUUCGUAUGAUACAUGUUGAUGAACCUCUUUUUUCUGACGUAUGGAAAAAAGUCGCUCAUGAACUCGGUGAAACUUUUAGCGACGAUCUGGCAGGUCCUAUUGAUUACGGUUUUUCAUUCGAACCAUCAUCAUUCGUUUACGGAGUGAGACAUUGGAGUGCUUCCGAAUAUUUAGUUCCUGCUUUAAAUAAAUAUCCGAACCUCACUCUAAUUACAGGCGCUACUGUUACAAAAUUCAAUGUGAAUCCAAUUACAAAGCGUAUUGACAGUCUCUUUUUCGUCUCUUCUAAUGGUUGCUUCAGUGCUGUUGCUCGAAAAGAAUAUAUUUUAUCUGCUGGCACAUUUUUCAGUCCUCAUUUACUUAUGCUAUCGGGUAUAGGUGAUCCUGAACUUCUUGAGAAAAAUAAUAUAGAAGUAAAACAUGCUUUGACUGAAGUUGGAAAGAAUCUGACUGACAAUGGUAUUCUCAAACUUGAAUAUGAAAUGAAGGGUUUGUCUGCUGAUCAUUGCAUACCGGUUGCUUUAGUUAAUCGUCAAAUGAAGACAACUGAAACAAAUUCCGAUUUGUUCUUUGUUAUAAAAAUGAAUCGUACAACAGAACAUCUUUAUGCGCUUAUCUUCAAUGCCUCACCGAAAUCACCUACUGGUUCUAUUUCAUUGUACAAUUCCAAUCCACUCAUGCCGCCAAAAGUAACUUUCAAUUAUCUUGAAGAUGAAAAAGACAUUGAGGUGUUUGUAGACGGUGUCAAUUAUCUUCGACGAAUAAUGUCUACAAACGCAAUAAAAAAAAUUGCUCAAGUGACUGAAAUUUCACCAGGCAGUCAAGAGACGAACUUGUCUAAUUAUAUCCGUAAUAAUUUAAUACCUGCGAAUCAUUUCAUUGGUACGUGUUCGAUGGGACAAGAUGCAAAGACAUCAGUGGUUGAUAAAGAUUUCAAGGUGCACGGACUAGACAAUCUUCGCGUUGUUGAUGCAUCUGUAUUUCCAAAAGGCUUCGUGUCUAAAGCAGGUCCCUGUUUGACUAUCUAUGCUUUAGCUGAGAAAACUGCAGACAUUUUGAGACAACAGUAUUCAUGA